AACACAUGCGGUCACACUGCCUCAGAGCAAUGUAUUUUUGUUUGUUAUUCAAUUGAACAACGCAACGCAAAAUAGAAAAAUACCUCCAAGUCGGUGUUAAUUCGCAUGUUUCAUUGGACCUACAGACCCUUCGGAUCCGCAUAAGAUCAGUGAUUCCAUAUGGCCAUGGCUACAGAGCCAUUUACUGGGAUUCUUGGCCUCAAUGACGAUUGUCUGGAGGAGAUUUUCGAUCGACUCCAGGACCUGCCGUCCGAGGUGGCCUUCGCGAGAACCUGCCAACGCUUCCAGCACAUCUGCCAGUCCAAAUGGCGUACCAGUCGCGCCUACGAGCAGCUAGACCUGGACAAGUGGCGGGAGCUGCUGCCCAACUACGAGGAUCUCAUAUAUUUCCUCUCCCAGAUGCGGCCGCACAUCAAGGAGAUGUGCGUUAGCAGCUGCUUGUGCGCCCUGCUCAAGGAUCUGGACGAGAUGCACAUUUCAGAGCUGCCCGCGGUGGCCAGUUUCUACUACGAUCCCGAGGACGUGGACUGCUAUCCGUCGAAUCGGAGCAUUCGCAAGCUAGCCGGUCUGCUGCCGGGACUGCGCAAACUGCGUCUAACCACUCCCAUUGACGGCCGAUACUUGUCCCAGUUCCAGCACCUGCAGGAGCUGCAUCUGUAUGAGGAUUGGCACAAGGCCUACGAGCUGCAGCAAGAGUAUCUGGAGGAAGUGUGCCACAAGCUACACGACCUCCGGGUACUGGACAUACGAACCUACGACGUGAUAAGCAAACUGCAGCUGACCAACUGUGUGCCAAGUCUCAGGAACCUAACCGUUCUUAAGCUGAACCUCGCCACGCUAAAGCCCGUUCUGCCGGCUGUCCUGGAGCUGCCCGCUCUGAGGCAACUGGUGGUUCUGCUGGACAACGAAUGGCACAUCCCGCCACUGGUCAGUCCCGAUAGCUAUGACCACAAGAUCCGCGAGGUCAGUGAGUUUUACGAGAUAAUGGAGCGCAAGGCAGAGAACAUUUUGGGUUUCGCCGUGGACGGCUACUAUAUGCCUUUAGAGCCCGGCUGGGAUGAAAAAUUGCCCAUUUGGACGCAUCGACGGCUACAGCGGCUGGCCAUCUGCAGUUGGACCCAUCCGGCCGACUAUCUGGAGCGCUACACCUGCAUGACAGACCUGCGGCUACUGUGCCUGCGAAAUUGGAACGACCUGAGCGACGACAUAUUGCUCAAGUUUGUGGAGCUGUGUCCGCGCCUGGAACACCUGGACGUGUCCUACUGCCGCGAGCUAACCCCCAAAUUCCUGACCCGCGCAUUGAGUGUCCUUAAACAGCGAGAGCCCCACAAGCAUAAGCCUGGCUUUGGGCGAUCACCACCCCUCCUGCUGUACUACGAACUCAGUGGAUUUGAGGAUUUUGUGGAGAAAGCGAAUCUCAAAAGCUCGCCGGACUAUCGGGAUUAUAUUGUGUUCACAGCCGACUUUCCCAUCGACUCGGAGCGGGGUCUUAGUUUUGUGGAUCGCGGCUAUCAGUUUGAAUUUGACUGUCCCUGAAUAUGUAAAAAGAGAAUACAUAGAAAUAUAUUUAUUAUUUAAAAUAA